UCCUUCCCUCGUCCCCUCUCACUCAAAGCCCUUAAAACCCUCUCUUAGUUUCUAUAUUUCCAUGUGAUCGUUUUGAUCGCAGCCGAGCCGAGGAGAUCAAAAGAUCGCAGGGAGCGGGUGAGGAAAUGGCGAUUCUUUACGCUCUCGUAGCGAGGGGAACCGUAGUCCUCGCCGAGUUCAGCGCCGUGUCCGGCAAUACGGGCGCCGUAGCCCGCCGCAUCCUCGAGAAGCUUCCUUACGAGCCCGAUUCCAGACUCUGCUUUUCGCAAGAUCGGUACAUAUUCCACAUCCUCAGAUCAGACGGCCUCAGCUUUCUCUGCAUGGCCAACGACACCUUCGGAAGGCGAGUUCCAUUUUCUUACUUGGAGGAUAUUCAUAUGAGAUUCAUGAAAAACUAUGGGAGAGUGGCUCAUGCAGCUCUAGCUUAUGCAAUGAACGAUGAGUUCUCUAGAGUCUUACAUCAGCAGAUGGAAUACUUCUCCAGUAAUCCCAAUGCAGAUACUCUCAACCGCAUAAGAGGUGAAGUUAGUGAGAUGCGCACUAUCAUGGUGGAAAAUAUUGAAAAGAUACUGGAGAGAGGUGACCGGAUUGAGCUUUUGGUUGACAAAACAGCAACGAUGCAAGAUAGUGCCUUUCAUUUCAAGAAGCAGUCGAGGCGUCUUCGCCAAGCUCUGUGGAUGAAAAACUUCAAACUUUUGGCUUUGUUGACGGGUUUGAUAGUGGUGUUGCUGUACAUAAUCAUUGCUGCUUGUUGUGGUGGCAUCACCCUUCCAUCAUGCCGAUCUUGAGAUACAUUACAGUGCGAGCUCCUGUGGCGUUUGUCUUGUAGUUGGUUUUCAGAAUUCGCAAGCCUCUUAUGUUAUGGGAAGAGUUGUCGGUCUUGAUGCAUCUGGACUGAAUGGUAUCCUGAUUUGGCCAUUUGGUACAGGCAGGGCCCAUGAUGAUGUGAUCUAGACCAUUGAUUGGAUGGCUUCCAUGGUAAAUGAGGGUGCUCUAAAAUCCUUCUAGGCUGUAAGAUCCUUGCCAUCCAAUUUACAUUCUCUAAGUGUCUGGUAAUGCAACAAUCAAGAUGUUUUGAUCUUCCAAUCUGAGGGAUUUUCAGGGUGUCUGCCAUUCACCAUGGACAUGCCAGAUCAACAGUCAGAUCACCAGACCAUAGGCCCACCUAUACGGACUGCACAUCAGAAUGCUAUUCACAUCCCAAUGCAUCUGGACCUUGAUAAUUCCUCCUAUGACAUGGAGCCUCCCGUCUCCAGUGCCGAUUUAUCUGGCGAGUUUGCAUGCAGAAGUCCACAUUCACGGCGGCAGAAAUAUUCAUGUUGAAUCUGUUCUUGUUAGGAAGUUGGUAUUUGCUUUGUAUAAUAAUGAGUGAAACCUUCUUUUUCUGGUGAUUAUUCUCUGUAAAUUUCAAUAAUUUUUUGGCAUUUUAUCAUAUCGUCAUGAUUCUUAUUUA